AUGACAACCCCAACAAUAAACUACAAAGGCAUGACAGAAUCCUAUUCAAUCUUCUACAUCGAAAUCCUCAUCCCCGACGGCUUCGGCUCAGGCGACGCUUACGCACUCCUCCUCGACCUCGUCUGCAAGCUCUACUCCCACAAUCCAAAAGUCUUGCUGAGAGAGGUUGACGAUCUCCCCUAUGGUGCGCCGAGGGCUUUCUUCUGUGGUGUUCCGGAGCGGGGCGCGUGGCCGGGGAAUGGUAUUGCAGGCUUGGGGCUGGAGGAGGAUGGGGAGGAGAAGGUGAGGGUUAGGAAGAUAUGGCCGUUGGGGGAGGGGCAGGGAGGGGGCGGGGAGGAUGUGGAUAAGGUGGAGGAGGGUAAGCGGAGUGUGUGA